AUGGGCUGUCGGGAUAUCAGUAUGAAGGGUAGCGGAAAAGCCGGAGGGUCUCUGGCUGUGUUGGAGCACAGUCGUUACAAAGGGGACGGGCUUGGCGUUGCGACUCUCGCUUCACUGGAUUGGCUGUUCUGGCUGUUAUGGGGGAAGGGAGUUUUGGCUGCAUUCCCGUCUUACAUCAUAGGCGGGGAUGUGGUUGUUUUGUGGGGGAGUUGCAUGAGAAUGGCGAGUGGAGUUGACACCUCAGUAUCCAGGGAGGGGCCGGUGCUCAGGAAGAAACAUGUCCCAGCAGCCCUCUCUCUCUCUCUCGCGUCCGCAGAGCUGUGGGAACAGGCUGCUCCAACGGCUGCCACGGAGUUUCAUAACAUGGGAGGUGUUGUCAGGCAAUCGGGCCAACCAAAACAGACAGUUGGAAAGUAA